AUGGCUUCAGCAAUUAUUAAGUUCAGUGCCUUGUUAAUGAUUCUUGGCUUCUGCUCGGCCGAUAUUGGUGAAAGUCCAGUAACAGAAGUAUGCUUAGGAUGCAUAUGUCAGGCUGUGUCAGGGUGCAAGGAAGGCACACUUUGCGAUGGUGACGCGUGCGGUCUGUUCCGCAUAACGUGGGCAUACUGGGCUGAUGCUGGUAAACCAACUCUGCCUGGAGUAUCUCCCGACUCCACUGAUGCAUACUCUUCAUGCGCGAACAGUCCACAAUGCGCAGCUUUGACAGUACAAAACUACAUGAGACGAUUUGGACAGGACUGCAACAACGAUGGUGUCGUCAAUUGCUACGACUACAUGGCGAUCCACAAACUUGGAGGCUACGGGUGCAAAGGCGAUGUUCCCUACCAGUACGCUACUGUAUUCAACCAAUGUGUAGCGGCCGUUGCAGCUCAUCAAGGCUAA